AGAAGAAGAAAAGUCCGACUGCUCGACCUACGGACUACAAACUUUCUCCUAACACCAAAUACCUCGAAGAAAUGGAGCUGGGAUUAUGGAAUUAAAGCAGGGAGCGCUUGCGAUGGAGAUUUUAUUGCUGGAACUGCUGCUUUGUUGUAGUCUGACGGUGAUUCGCGGUUCUCCCUUGCUGCUCUUCGCCAACCGGCGGGACGUCCGGCUGGUGGAUGCAGAGGUGGGCCGGACAGAGUCCGCCGUAGUUGUCAGCGAUCUUGAGGAUGCGGCCGCAGUGGACUUUCUCUUCUCGGAGGGCCUGAUAUUCUGGACGGAUGUCAGUGAAGAGGCCAUCAAACAGACUCGCUACAACCUCUCUACUAUCUCUAUGAAGGAGGCCACACUGGGCAGAGGGAAGACGGUGGUGGUAUCAGGUCUGGAUUCUCCCGAUGGCUUAGCCUGCGACUGGCUCGGACGCAAACUCUACUGGACCGACUCUGAGACGAACCGCAUCGAAGUGGCCAACUUGGACGGCACCUCUCGUAAGGUGCUCUUCUGGCAAGAUCUCGACCAGCCCAGGGCGAUAGCGCUAAACCCUGCUCAUAGGUACAUGUAUUGGACUGACUGGGGGGAGGAGCCAAGAAUAGAAAGGGCGGGAAUGGACGGCAGCAGUCGACAAAUCAUUGUCCAGAAGCAAAUCUACUGGCCCAAUGGACUGACCAUCGACCUUGAGGAGCAGAAACUCUACUGGGCGGAUGCCAAGCUCAGCUUCAUCCACAGGGCCAACUUGGACGGAACGGCUCGGGAGGCCGUUGUGGAGGGUUCCCUCACUCACCCAUUCGCCCUCACUCUUUAUGAAAAGACACUCUACUGGACAGACUGGCAGACCCGAUCCAUCCACGCCUGUAACAAAUAUACUGGAGAGAAACGGAGAGAAAUUCUCAGCGGCAUUUACUCGCCGAUGGACAUCCAGGUGCUGGGCCAAGAGCGGCAGCCCAACAUUCAAACUCCAUGCAGUGAAAGAAAUGGAGACUGUUCCCACCUGUGUCUCCUCUCUCCCGUGCCGCCCUUCUAUAGCUGUGCUUGUCCAACUGGGGUUAAACUCAAAGAGGAUGGAAAGACUUGUCGACCAGGUGGGGCGGAGCAGGUGCUUCUACUGGCUCGCCGCACUGACCUUCGGCGGAUAUCCCUGGAUUUACCUGACUUCACAGACAUCGUCUUACAAGUCAGUGACAUCCGGCACGCAAUUGCCAUCGACUAUGACCCAGUGGAAGGAUACGUCUACUGGACGGAUGACGAGGUGAGGGCAAUCCGCCGUGCCCGAAUAGACGGAAGCGACACCCAGACUUUGGUCACCAAUGAGAUCAACCAUCCCGAUGGAAUUGCGGUAGACUGGGUGGCACGCAACCUCUACUGGACGGACACCGGCACUGAUCGCAUUGAGGUGAUUAGACUCAACGGCACUUCUCGGCGCAUCCUCAUAUCUGAGAACCUGGAUGAACCACGAGCCAUCGUGUUAGAUCCCAUAAACGGAUACAUGUACUGGACUGACUGGGGAGAGAUGCCCAAGAUCGAACGAGCAAACCUGGAUGGAACAGACAGAGUUGUGCUGCUCAACACCUCCCUUGGUUGGCCCAAUGGUUUGGCCAUUGACUAUGUCGCAGGAAAGCUUUACUGGGGCGAUGCCAAAACGGACAAAAUUGAGGUCAUUAAUGUGGAUGGCACUAAUAGGAUGACCAUUCUAGAGGACAAACUACCUCAUAUCUUUGGUUUUACGCUGCUGGGAGAGUAUAUCUACUGGACGGAUUGGCAGAGGAGGAGCAUCGAAAGAGUUCACAUCACCAACGCCACACGUGAGGUCAUCGUCGAGCAGCUCCCUGACCUCAUGGGUCUCAAAGCCACAAAAGUCUCAGAGACCUUUGGCACUAACGGCUGUGCGGAAAACAAUGGCGGCUGCAGUCACCUGUGUUUCCAUGGGCCUCAGGGUCUAAGCUGCGCCUGCCCCAUGGGCUUGGAGUUGCUGAGUGAUCUGCGCACUUGUGUGGUUCCAGAAGCGUUCCUGCUCUUCACCAACCGUGCUGACAUACGCAGCAUCUCUCUGGGCACCAACAGCAACGACGUGCCCAUCCCGCUCACCGGGGUCAAGGAGGUCUCCGCACUGGACUUUGAUGUUUUGGAAAACAGGAUCUACUGGACCGAUGUCAUCACCAAGACUAUCAGCAGAGCCUUCAUGAAUGGCAGUUCAGUGGAACCGGUCAUAGAGUUUGGCCUGGACUAUCCUGAGGGAAUGGCUGUGGACUGGAUGGGUCGAAACCUCUACUGGGCUGAUACUGGCACCAACCGUAUUGAAGUGGCCCGUCUGGAUGGCCAGUACCGACAAGUGCUGGUCUGCAAAGACCUGGAUAACCCUCGCUCUCUUGCUCUGGAUCCUGCCAGUGGGUACAUGUACUGGACAGAAUGGGGAGGUCGACCCAGGAUAGCUCGAGCUCACAUGGAUGGCAGUAACAUCAUGACUUUGGUGGACAAAGUGGGCCGAGCCAACGGACUCACAAUUGACUUCAUCGACCAGCGACUCUACUGGACAGACCUGGACACCUGCAUGAUUGAGUCGACAAACAUGCAAGGUUUGCAGAGAGAGAUAGUGGCUGACGAUCUUCCUCAUCCUUUUGGCUUGACUCAGUAUCGCGAUUACAUCUACUGGACUGACUGGAACCUGCGCAGCAUCGAGCGGGCGGACAAACGCAGUGGCUUGAACCGAACGGUGGUGCAAGGGCACCUGGAGUAUGUCAUGGACAUCCUGGUUUUCCACUCCUCCAGACAAGACGGCGCCAACGAGUGUUCGCAAAACAACGGCAACUGCACCCACCUCUGCCUAGCAUCACCCUCUGGAGCCCAGUGCCGCUGCGCUUCCCACUACACCCUGGAGGCAAACGGACGCAACUGCAGCUCGCCCUCUAGCUUCCUGCUCUUCAGCCAGAAGAGCUCCAUCAGUCGAAUGGUCCUGGGAGAACAGAGUCCAGACAUGAUUCUACCUAUCCACGUUAUGAAGAACUUGCGCGCCAUCAGCUUUGACCCUCUGGAACGCCUGGUCUACUGGGUGGAUGGCCGACAAAACAUCCGCAGGGCCCAAGACGACGGCAGUCAGGCGUCCACAGUGAUGACCCCAACCAACCUCCACCCAAAGCAGCCUCAUGACUUGAGUCUGGACCCCUACAGUCGCACCGUCUACUGGACCUGCGAGACCACCAACACCAUCAACAUCCAUUGCAUGGACGGCCAUGUGAUCGGGGAGGUCCUGAAGGAUGAUGUGGACAAGCCACGCGCUAUCGUGGUGAACGCUGAGAAAGGAUACAUGUAUUUCACUACUGUCCAGGAUCGUUCAGCUAAAAUUGAAGGUGCGUCUUUGGAUGGGACGGAGCGUGAAUCCCUGUUCACAACCGGCUUGAUCCGCCCCGUUGCACUGGCUUUGGACAACAAGCUGGGCAAACUGUUCUGGGUGGACGCAGACCUGAAACGGAUUGAGAGCAGUGACCUGUCUGGGGCCAAUCGUAUCAUUCUCCAGGACUCCAACAUCCUUCAGCCUGUCGGUCUGACUGUAUUGGGUGAUCAUCUGUACUGGAUCGACAAACAGCAGCAGAUGAUCGAAUGCGUGGAUAAGCUGACCGGAGAGAAGAGGACCCGCAUUCAGGGGCGACUCCAGUAUCUGACCGGCAUCCAUGCGGUGGAGUACAUGGAGCCAGAGGAGUUUGCAUCCCACCCUUGUUCCUGUGACAACGGAGGUUGCUCCCACAUCUGCAUUGCUAAGGGUGAUGGGACACCACGCUGCUCGUGUCCCAUGCACCUGGUGCUGCUUCAAAAUCUGCUCAGUUGUGGAGAGCCUCCCACCUGCUCUAGCGAGCAGUUCACCUGCGCUACUGGCGAGAUCGACUGCAUCCCCAUGGCAUGGCGCUGUGACGGCAUCGCAGAGUGCGCAGACCACAGCGACGAGAUGAACUGUCCCAUCUGCUCCGAACUCCAGUUUCAGUGCGAUAAAGGCCAAUGCGUGGACUCUCAGCUGCGCUGCAACGGAGAGCCCGACUGCGCGGACGGCUCUGAUGAACAGGAUUGCGAUACCAUUUGCAUGCCUAAUCAGUUCCGAUGUGGCAACAACCAGUGUAUUCUGAAGAAACAGCAGUGUGACUCCUUCGCAGACUGCGCAGACAAAUCUGACGAGCUUUUCUGCGAUUUCCCUUCGCCCCCCAAUGACAUUCCGCGUCACACCAGCACCAUCGGCCCCGUCAUCGGCAUCAUCCUCUCUGUCUUUGUGAUGGGAGGCAUGUGUUUUGUGUGUCAGAGAGUCGUGUGUCGCCAUUACAAGGGCCCCAAUGGAGGCUUCCCACACGAGUACAUCAGUGGGACCCCUCACGUGCCCCUCAACUUCAUUGCACCCACAAAUUCACAGCACGGUACUUUUACAGGUAUUUCCUGUGGGAAGUCCAUGAUGAGUUCAGUGAGUCUCAUGGGCAGCAGCAGCAGUGGGGCACCUCUCUACGACAGGAACCAUGUGACGGGAGCAUCAUCCAGUAGCUCUUCCAGCACCAAAGGAGCUUUUUACCCUCAGAUGCUCAACCCUCCUCCAUCACCAGCGACAGAUCGCUCGCUCUACAACGCAGAAGUCUUUUAUUCAUCCAACAGCCCAUCAACAACCAGGUCUUACAGACCGUAUAUGAAUCGAGGGGUCGCGCCCCCCACCACCCCCUGCAGCACAGACGUGUGUGACAGCGACUACACCACCAGCCGCUGGAAAAGCAACAAGUACUACAUGGACCUCAAUUCAGACUCUGACCCCUACCCUCCACCCCCCACCCCACGCAGCCAGUACAUGUCAGCGGAGGAGAGCUGCCCACCCUCGCCCUCCACCGAUCACAUCUCAUGA